UUUUCUCGAUUUCCUCUUCCUAUCCCUCUCCACAUGGCCCAUCAAAACGUCGAUUUUUCUAGAGAGUGAGAAUCAUUAAAAAAAGAAGAGGGUUCUUAGAGCGAGAAAGAGAUAAUUGAGAAUAGUAUUAUUUAAUAAUACAAAGACUAAAUCAAUGGCGUCAAAUAACCCUAGUCAACCAGAGUUCUCGACCAAAACAAGAGAAGAAGGAGAGGUCUCUUCUUCAUCCAACGACGACGUAUUGCCUCCCUAAGAAACCCUAACUCUUUUCUGUUUUCAAUGCAUUUUUCUUUAUCUGUUUGAUUGCCAAGAAAACAGUCAAAUUAUUAUUCUACCAUACGUGUCUGUUACAUUCAGUUGGAAAUCAAUUUUACGAUAUAGAUUUAUGUGGCCUUCUAUUUAUGCUCGUGGCAAUGAUGCCUCAGGCUUUAAUGGUUUUGCGGAGUUGCAAAAUCCUGUUGGCUCUUCUGCACUGUUUGCCGAUGCUUUUAACACACCUGCUUCCUCAAGGACCAUUCCGUUUCAUCCGAUGAACAAAUUCACUUUAUCCAAUCGGGCUGGCAAGGCCAUUUUUAGCACUAAUCCCGCAAGAUAUGUUGAUCUGAAUCUCCAAACAUCACAACCAAAUAAUAACAAGAGCUUUGAGAAGAAUAGGGUGCCACGCAUAUCUGCUAAUCCUGGAAAGUGUGCAUCUUCAGGGGCUAAUGAUAACUUGGUGAUAAGAUUUUCAGAUGAUGAAAGUGGGAGUGAAUCUGAAGAUAGAGGUGACAAGCCUUUAAAAACUAAACCCAAUACAACCGUGGUUAAUGGAAAUGGAAGGCUGCCCUCCUUUUUACCGGUAAAAUCAAGCACGUCACUGCAGACUUCUAGAAAUGUGAACCGUGUUCCCAAGAAAUCAUCAAUGAGUCGCACAUUUAACUCGUCAAUGACAAAGAUAAAUGGAGUUGCCAAUUCCAAGGGUGCUGACUCCUUGUCUGUUGGGCAAGAUUCUCAAGUAAAAAAUAUUAAUUCCAUCAAAAGAAAUCUAGCAAGCCAAGAGCAUGGUAUUGAGCAAGGUGUGGAUUUGAACAGCACUAAGGUUCAGGACUUGAGGCAGCAGAUUGCACUUCGGGAAAGGGAACUGAAGCUUAAGGCAGCUGCACAAAACAAGGAAUCAGGUUCAGUUUCCGACAAGUGUAUGAACAUUUCCAGUAGUGUGACCAGGAAAUCUAAUGCAGCUUCUUCUGAAGUUGGGCAAUUAGCACCAAAAGAACCGGACAGGAAACGCAUAAAACCUGAUGGAUCUUAUUCAAAACACUUAAAUUCAGAUGGCCAACAAAAGAUGCUUGUAGAGAAAUCUAAUUUACUGUCAAAAGAUCAAGCGCUGGAGAACAGUAGUUUGCAGGAUAGAAAUAUGGGUUAUUUUAACAAGAAAGAAAGACCGACAAUAAGAACAGAGUCGAGUGUAGUUAAAUGGGAGAGGCAAGAUAGGAGGGUGGAUAUUUCAUCAGCAAAGCUACCUGCUUUGCACAUCAAUGAUAAUUCCAGUCAGCCUGACAUGAGCAGAAUGCAGAUGGAUCCCUGUGUGGUAUCAAACCAGACCCCACUGCUGACUAAUGCAAAUGCUAGUACUUUAUUGAAGAAGAGAAAGAGUGUUGACUUGAAUCCUGUAAAGAAUUGCGGAACCCAGCCACCAGCUUGUUUGUUAAAGACAUCAACUAGUGGACAGAAUUUAAUAAACAGCUGUGAGCACUUGCAAGGCAUAUCUGGUGAUAAGCUGUCCUGUCAAGCAUCUCUGAAUUUAAACCCUUGGAAUUGUCUGGGAACUGUAAAUGUGGCAGAGCAUAACAGCAUAGAUAUUCAGUUGUUAGUUGAAAUGGAGGAAUCCUUAGACAGGGAGCUGGAAGAAGAACAAGAGCACAGACACAAAUGUGAAAUUGAAGAAAGAAAUGCUCUUAAAGCUUAUCGAAAAGCACAGAGAGCUUUGAUUGAGGCUAAUUCUAGAUGUACAGAACUUUAUCGCAAGAGGGAACUGCACUCAGCUCACUUUCGAUCUCUCAUUGUGAAUGAUUCCAGUUUGUUUUUUCCCUCUAGGCAGCAUGAACAUGUUGGCAUUGGGAUGGACCGUGAAAAUAAUGUAUCUAGAAAUGUGGAUUUAAUACCCUCAUCAAGCGAUCAGAUGCAGCCUGAGUAUAAUGGUUGUAAUCAGCCAGUGUAUGAUUCAGUCACUGGUGCUCCCUCAAAUUCACUUUAUCAGCAUGUAAAUGGCCAUAGUUUGGGAUCCGAGCCAUGCAGUGAACCUGAUGCUAGUACAUCAGAGCCAUUGCCCCGCAACAGCCUGAUUGCUGCAAAUGGAGUAAGCUCUCAAUCCAAUUAUUCUAAUAUUUCAGCUGGGGAAGAUGAAGAGACAUUUCCAUUGGACCAUGAGACUGAUCAACCUAUCUUUAAAAUUAAGCGAAGAGAUCAAAAUUCUGUGGGAAGGGAAAGCCACACAGAUUGUCAUCCAAACAAAGAUUUUUAUGUUGAUGGCCCUCAGGAUUCUUUGAUUCUUGAAGCAAAAUUAAGAUCCAAACUAUUUGCUCGUCUACCAAUCAGAACCUGUUCAAAGAAUGGUGGUUCAUCCAACAUGGAUCCUGCAGAUGAACCAGGGAUUGAAAUUGACAACAGAAGUGAAAGAACCCAGGGAAGCAAUGUCAGUAUACCAUUGUCAGAGACAGAAAAGGAUCGAGAUUAUGACCUUGAAGGCAAUGAUAAGCCUGAAAUAAGUAUAUCUGAGCUUCCUGUCCAGAUUCAGAGCCAUGAAAAGAAUUUUCAUUCUGCUGCUGAUUCCAAGGACGAUUCCACUGGAGGUCAUCAGCUGACAACUUCUGUCAUAUCUUCACCUCUUUUAGUAUUGAGGAAUGCAUUUGCUCAAAUGAAAGCUAUGUACCCAAUGACUUUGAUAGAAUCACAAUGUAGAAAAAACCAACAAAAUGAUACCUGUGGUGAUUUCAUUGUAGAGGAUGGUUUUAUGGACACUGAAGAAAUCCAGUGUGACAACGUGAUAGCAAAGUCAAAGGAGGAGAUUAUAAGGGGUUUACGUGGAACUGAAAUUGGGACUUUUACCCACAAUGUGGCAGUUGACCCAUUUUGGCCACUAUGCAUGUAUGAGCUUCGAGGAAAAUGCAACAAUGAUGAAUGUCCUUGGCAACAUGUUAGGGAUUUCUCUGAUCAAAAUGUGCAUCCAAAUCAGCAUGAUGAUUCUGAUAGUGCUGAUUGUCAGGUUGGAUUAACACUGCAUGAACAAAAAUGUAAAGGUGGAACAAAACUUACCAAGUGUCACAGUGUAUUGAAUCCACCAACUUAUCUUGUUGGCUUGGAUGUUUUAAAAUCCGAUUCAUAUAAAUCUGUCAUUGCACGGAGAAAUGGGCAAUGCUGGCAAAUACAGUUCAGUCUUUGCUUAGCUUUAUCAAGUUUCUUUCAAAAAGAUUUGCUUGCUGAUCAGUCUUCUAUCUGUGCUGAUGAUGGCCGUAUCGAGGUCCAUGGGAGUUGGAAUAGACAGACAUCAUACUUUCAGAGUAGAGAGAACACAGUGAAUCAUCUCAAUCAAGCAUUAGCCAGCAGUUUGCAGUCCCAUGAAAUGGCUCUUGUUUUUCUCUGUCAGGAGGUUUACAAGCUGGAGGGUAUGAAGAAGCCUCUCUCCAUGCUGUCACGAGCAAUUGAGGCUGAUCCAACAUCCGAAGCUCUGUGGAUGAUGUAUCUGCUCAUUUACUACAGCAACAUUGAGUCUGUUGGGAAGGAUGACAUGUUCUCCUAUGCGGUUAAAAACAACGAAAGAUCUUAUGGACUUUGGCUCAUGUACAUCAACAGUCGUAUACAUCUUGAUGAUCGACUGGUAGCAUAUAAUGCUGCUCUCACAGCGCUUUGUCGCCAGGCAUCUGCUUUUGAUAAGGGCAAUAUGUAUGCUAGUGCAUGCAUCUUAGACUUGUUCUUACAGAUGAUGGAUUGUUUGUGCAUGUCUGGGAAUGUUGGCAAGGCCAUUCAGAAAAUCCAAGGACUCUUCCCUGUGGCAGCUAACUCAGAUGAGCCUCACUUUCUGUUGCUCUCUGAUAUCCUCGCAUGCUUAACAAAUUCUGACAAAUAUAUCUUCUGGGUUUGUUGUGUGUACUUAGUUAUUUACAGGAAGUUACCUGAUGCUAUUGUACAAUGUUUUGAAUGUGACAAGGAACUCCUUGCAAUUGAAUGGCCUUAUGUUCACUUACCAAAUGAAGAGAAGCAGAGGGCUGUUAAGCUAGUUGAGAUGGCAGUGGAUUCUGUUGAAAUGUCUGUCAACAGUGAAUCACUUGAAAGUGACAAAAAUGGCAGAAUGGCGCAACAGUUUGCUCUCAGCCAUAUUAGGUGUACACUAGUUUUUGAUGGCUUAGCUUGCUGUCAGAAUUUGUUGGACAAGUAUACGAAGUUGUACCCAUCCUGUGUAGAACUUGUUCUCCUGUCAGCAAGGCUUAAAAAAAAUGGCCCAGGCAGUGUGAGCUUUGAAGGGUUUGAGGAAGCCAUUAGUAAUUGGCCAAAAGAAGUCCCUGGAAUUCAUUGUAUCUGGAAUCAGUAUAUUGAGUGUGCCCUCCAAGAAGAAGGUCCUGAUUUUGCAAAAGAACUCACUGUCUGCUGGUUUAACUCUGUUUCAAAAGUUCAAUAUCCUCAAAAUGAGAUUUUGGAUGCGGUGGAUAGUAAUAGCUCACUUGGAUCACUGGAAUCAGCUUCAGCAUCAAAUCCAAACUUUCUGAUACCCAACUCUAAUCAGAUGGAUAUGAUGUUUGGAUUAAUUAAUCUAUCUCUUGCUAAAUUAUUGCACAAUGACCACGUCGAAGCUCACGUUGCCAUUGACAGAGCACUGAAGGCUGCACCUCCACAGUACAUCAGACAUUGCUUAUCAGAGCAUGCUAUGUUCUUGCUAAACCAUGAGCCAAAAUUAAGGAAGGAUGCUCCUGUCAGUGAAAAACUGAAAAUUUUGAAUGGUUAUUUGAAUGAUACCCAAGCUCUCCCAGUUUGUGAACCAUUAUCUAGACGAUUCAUUGACAACAUUGAGAAGCCAAAAGUUCAGCAGCUAAUCAGUAGCAUAUUGUGUCCGGUUUCAUCUGACUUUUCUUUGGUGAAUCUUGUUCUUGAAGUGUGGUAUGGCCCCUCUCUUUUACCCCCAAAGUCAAACCAGCCAAAGGAAUUGGUGGAUUUUGUUGAAGCCAUCUUAGAGAUGGUGCCAUCCAACUACCCAAUAGCUCUUUCUGUUUGCAAGCUCUUGUGCAGAGGCUACAGCAAUAUUAAUGUUACUUCUGACAGUGUUCUAUAUUGGGCGUGCUCAAUCUUGGUCGAUGCAAUCUUUCAUGCUAUUCCAGUGCCACCGGAAUUUGUGUGGGUUGAAGCUGCAGGUAUUUUGGGUGAUAUUUCUGGUGUCGAGUUAAUUUCUGACAGGUUUUACAAGAAAGCUUUAUCUGCACAUCCAUUCUCUAUGAAGCUAUGGAGUUGCUAUUAUAAUCUAUCAAAGAGUAGAGGAUAUGCAAGCACUGUUAUCCAAAAAGCUAGAGAGAGGGGUAUUGAAGUUGGUUGAUGUCUUUUUCUUAAAGAUAGCUGUCAGUUUGAUAGAGUUAGUUCUGCUGAAGAGAUAAUUGAGGCCAGUUUUGCUGGUUGACACCCUAGGAAUGGGGAAGGAGUCAAGUCUGUAGAUGGUGUGCUGGGUUGCAUGACGAUCCUGGACAAGUUGUUCUGGGUGCUUGUUCACUGUAAAAUGUUGAUGAAGUUCUGAAACUAGGAAUUAUAGAAAUAUACACAGGAUACACUGAUGAAAGGAUAGGUUUUAGCUUAUGUUUUGCGAAGUUACUUAAUAGAUCAGGUUUUCAGCCCCCUUUUUUUCCAGCCUUGUCAUUCUUUGUUUUGUUCCUUUUCUGUUGUCGUUUUUACAUUUCUUCCCAAAAAAAUUUUCUUUUGUACCGUAGAAUUCACAAUUUCACAUAGUUGGAAAGAUUAUAGUUUCAUUAUAAAGGAGUCAUCAUUUUGAUAGUUUCCUCUCUGUUGCCAUUACUUUCUUGUUCUUGCAUUCAAUUUCUUCUGGGUGUAGUGGUCUUCUGCUGCCUUUCUAUUUGUAUGGUGGAUUGUAGAAAAAGAUCUCGUAUGGCUUGAGAAAUAGGGAAUGGAUUGGGAAUAUUUUUCAAUGCAAUGGAUGGUUGACUUCACGUAAGCCCUUUGGUUAUCUCCCUUCAUUUGAUUGGAGUUGUGGUGGAAUGUGCGAGUUUGUUGAGAGCGUCUAGGAGGCUCAACACAGUUGUGGAGAAGGGCGAAUGCUUUCGGGAGAGCAGAAUUCUGAAAAUAGCUUUCGUCCCUAUCGCAGGAGGAAGCAAAUGGAUGGCAAGAGACAGUUUAAGGGUGGACGUAGAGGAACCUGUGUAUGCCAGAAAGUAACGAGAGGUGAGUUGGGAAAGAAUUUCUAGCCACUGGGUUCUGCUCUGUUUUGGAGAGGAGAGUGGAGACAGGUGCAAUACAAUUUUAGGACAUCUUAUUUAUUCUUUAUGUGCUCGGAGAUGCCAUUUUUUGUCAGUUUGCCAUGGCCAAUGAAACUCCUGAAUGAGUGCUGAGAUUUGGCCAUGAUUUGCUACCUUUGGUUUCAUAAAAUAGCAGGUUUUUUAUUGAAUUUAUAGAGUUUUCCAUGAUUGUUUGUAGAUUAUGAUAAAAUAAUUCAUCUUUUGAAUUCUAUUAUU